UUUCAGACAUUAAACAGAUUAACAUCUGUUCUUUUUCAAACUAUAAGAAAUCAAAAUAGGUUUUUCUUUUAUUGGGUUACUGUUGUAUUCAAUAGAGUUGAUGCUGAUCGUAUAAAAGAAAUUGGUCCAGAUCGUGCUUGUGCAGAAUGGCUUUUAAGAAAUGGAGCAUUUGUUAGAUGGAAAAAUUUUUCUGAACAAUUAACCGAUUAUAAUGCAUUACCAUCUCAUGGAAAUUAUUACAUUGAAGCUAUUGAAGCAAAUAAUGCUGGAAUAUGUGAUGUUGGAUUUCCACAUUUUGAGGGAUGUAAAUAUAUAAAAGAUUUAAAACUUGAAGAGUGUAAAUAUAUUAAUAAUAAUGCUAUACCACAUUUAUCACUUCUUCAAGAUUCAUUAACUAAUUUAGAAAUUAUAAGAUGUAAAAGUAUUGAUGAUAAUGGUCUACGUGAAUUGAAAAUACUUAAAAAUUUGAAACAAUUAAAAAUUAAAGGAUUACCAGCUGUCACAAAUGAUAUUAUUUAUAAAGAACUUACUGAAGCUUUACCCAACUGUAAAAUCGACAUUGAAUAGAGAUUUAUAUUUUAAUGUUGAUUAAUUUAUUUUUUAACAAAUGUUUCUAAAAUAUAUGCAUGAUAAUAAUAAAAUGUGUGAUAUAAGAAAUAAAAUAUAAAUAAAAUAAAAAUUGA